AUGGCCGAACAAGGCGAGCUUGCGUUUGUCAAGUCGUUCGUGAACGCACUCUCCUCGCAACCCGUGGUGUACGACAACGAUUACCAGCCCUCUCCUGACAACGAGUUGAAGAAGGUUCCCGUGUUAGCUAUCGAUGUUCCGCCGCCUCCAGCACGAAGUCUCCCGGUAGCCACUUCAUCGGAUGCCCUCAGCAUUACGUUCAAGUCCACCAAGCCUGCUCAAUCGUACACUCUUGACGUACAACCUACGGACACCAUCGCGCAGAUCAAAGCUCAGCUCGCCGGGGUAGCCGGUGCUCCGCCCGUGGAUCAACAACGCCUGCUGCUUAAAGGCAAGGUCCUCGCGGACGCAAAACUCCUCCGCGAGUACGCUGUCAAGGACGGCGACACCAUCAAUCUCAUGGUCAAGCCUGGCUUCAUAUGGGAUCCGUCCAAUGUGCCCGCCUCAGCCGCCACGGUCGCAGAGGAGAAGAAAGGCGAGGAUAUCACGCUUCUCCCAAGUCCGGAGCCCAAGAGGGGUCACUCGCGCAUACCGUCAGUUGUCCUGUCUCCCUCACCCUCCCUGACGCCGAGCCCGGGCGAAGUUUUGGUCGACAUUCCGCUCGUUCUCGAUACUUCUUCCAUUCCGCUCUCCCCCGCCACUGUCUCGGACAGCUCGUACCAUGCGCACAUCUCGCGUCCGGAGUUUUGGGAGAAGCUCAGCUUCUUUCUCAAAUCCGAGUUCUCCAACCCAGCCGAUGCCUCGCAAGCAUGGGAGGACUUCUUCCUCACCAGCAAAGGCCAUCUGUCGGUCAGCGAAAUCGCAAAGAUCCGUGACGCGGUCGGCGUCAUCGGUAUGGCUGGCACCUGA